AAAGACGCAGUCAACCGCCAAACUCCGCAGUUUCACUCAAUCAUGCGACUUGGCCGGACGAGCAUCUACAAUCCAUUCACCCAAGGUUUCCACCCACGCAAAGUUCUCUUCAAGGGGAGCUCCCCUGGACGGCCGAGGUGUCCCGCUCCUACACCGAGAGAUUCCAGAAAAGCACCACAAACGAGUCAACGUCGAUAUAUCUCUUGGGGCUUCGUUUGCGGACCGUCGUGGCAUUCCCAUCAGCAUGGAGGAUGUUCCCGUCCUGGGCUCUUCUCAAGCCCUUUCAUCACCACCUAAACUGCCACGCAGUACUCCCCUUCCACCCACGAGAUAUGGCGUCGUUGUCUUCCCUGGAUUCCAGGCACUUGGUAGGUUGAGAGAUUGAUCUGUUGGGAUCCCAACGAGGAUGUGACGCUGUUGCUUGCCCUCUGACCCUCGAGCUGCACCAGAGGUCUUCGGGCCCCUUAGUACCUUGAACGUCCUCUCUCGAGACUACAGCAUGGAGCUUGCUGUGAUGGCCGAGUCAUUGACGCCAGUGUCCACAAACCCAGAACAACCAAGUACCUUUGUGUCGUCUUCAUUCGGACAGGAGAUUGUUCCGACCCACACCUUUACAAAUCCACCCGAAGUUGAAGUGCUGAUCAUUCCUGGAGGAUAUGGGACUCGCAAUAAAGAGAAAAUGGCUCCUGUCGAAUCGUACAUUCGAUCCGUAUUCUUUGAUCUGAAGUACGCGAUCACCAUCUGCACAGGGUCUGCUGUUCUCGCAGGCAUGGGCCUCCUGGACCAUCGGCGAGCGACGACCAACAAAUGUACUUGGUCCUUGGUAACACCGCUCGGGCCAAAGGUCAACUGGGUACGAAAGGCCCGAUGGGUUGUUGACGACACCCCCGGAGUCACGCCAGUGUGGAGUUCUUCGGGGGUCUCUGCCGGCAUUGAUGUCACGUUUGCCUUCAUCCAGACAUUGUAUGGUGCAGGGACAGCAGAGUCGGUUGCAAAUGUCAUGGAAUAUGACAGACAUUUGGAUGAUAAAUGGGAUCCAUUUGCUGGCGUUUGGGGGGUUUCCACGGGAGAUCUUGAUUGAAGAACAACAUUGAACUACCCCAGCGACUCAGGCUAUUAUCAUUGAUCCUAUUCUCAAUGUUGGAAUCAGUAUGGAUCUUGCGACGGGUUGUGGGCUCUUGACUAUACCUCCUUCAGUCAAUAUGGCGGGUACUGUAUUAUGAACCAACGUCGCCGUCUAGAUUUUGUAUGUCGAGCAGAAGCUGAGGGGUUUGGGGCUCUUUUGUCUCGAAGUCUUUUUCGUUCUCACGUCAAGGCGCACUUUUCGGCGAUCCUUCGCGACGCCUCGAGCACUUGACACUGCAGGCACUUCACCAGUAGUCGUGCUGCGCCACGCCGAGGUCUCCUUGGGGUGCGCCCCGCUGGGCAUCUGUGAAGAGAGAAGGAUUGAAGCGUGACUGGCCAUUGCCUGUGGGGACUGCAGGUUGUUGACCGCUAUGGAGCAGCUUCAUAGUACUAUACAAGCAGAGGACCACCCGAUGUUAAGUUAUAUUCUACAACCAAGAUGGCCAUCGCAACGUGGUCCAAACAAGAGCCCUGAAAAAGCCUUUCAGGGGAGGUGACACUUGGAAGGGGUAGAACAAUUGUUAAAGAUUGUGGAGUCUCAGUGAG